GGGGAGGUGUGGCCGGCGGCGCGCGUCCCUCCCGGGGCCGCCUGGUGCGGAGCUUGGGGCGCAGCGAGAAGCUGAGCCGCCCUGCGCCCGAGCCGGGACUCCGCGGGGCCGAGCUCGCUCUCCGGAGCCCUAGCCCCGCCGGGGAGAGCCGGCCCCGGGGGACAGGAGCUUGCCAGGCCCGGCGCCGGCCAUGCAGCACCUGGGCAAGAUCCGCAGCUUCGCGCUGGAGCUGGCCGGCGGCCCGGCGCAGGGGGUGUACCGCGGCGGGGAGCUGCUCUCCGGCCAGGUGGUGCUGGAGCUCAGCAAGGUGCUGAAGGUGCGAGCGCUGGAGGUCUGCGCCCGGGGUUUGGCCACGGCGCACUGGCUGGAGAGCAGGAGCGUGGGCAUGAACACGGUCUACAGCGACUACACCGCCUACGAGCCUUACCUCAGGUCGCGCUACCAGCUCAUCCGCGAACCGGGAGGCGAACGGGGAUCUCGAUGUCCUGCGCCAGGCUCUAGCUGGGAAGGGGAUGGUGCCUGCACACGUCUCUGGUGUAGCUCCUUACCUCCAGUGCAAUGGCACUUGUGGAGGUGUGAUCUGCCCAAGGCAAUCAGCAUUUUUCCAUUUCUGCAGACAGACAAUGGUGAAGUCACAGUUCUGCAGGCAGGAAAACACGAAUUCCCCUUCACGUUUCAGCUCCCAGAGUGGAUAAAGUGUCUCACUGUGAAUCCCGUGGAGGAACCCACCCCUAACCAUUGUCGCUUCUCCCCGGGCAGGACUCUGGCCACCUCCUUUGAAGGCCGGCAUGGGAAUGUGCGCUACUGGGUGAAAGCCAGGCUCCACAGACCCUGGUCAGUUGUCAAGAAAGCGAAGAAAGAAUUCACAGUGAUCGAGCCCAUUGACAUCAACACCCCGGCCUUGCUGGCUCCUCAGGCAGGUGUGAAGGAGAAGCUCGCCCGCGCCUGGUACUGCAACCGUGGCCAGGUCUCUGUAUCCGCCAAGAUCGACCGAAAAGGCUACACGCCAGGUGAGGUCAUCCCCAUCUUUGCUGAAAUUGACAACUGCAGCACCCGCACAGUCGUGCCGAAAGCUGCCAUCAUCCAGACUCAGACGUUCAUUGCCCGGGGAGCCAAGAAGCAGAAGAAGUCUGUGGUGGCCAGCAUAGCAGGCGACUCCAUUGCAGCUGGGAAGAGGGAAGUGUGGCAUGGCCGAGCGCUGAAGAUCCCCCCUGUGGGCCCCUCAAUCCUGCAGUGCCGCAUUAUCCGUGUGGAAUACGCCCUAAAGGUUUGUGUCGAUAUUCCUGGGACCUCCAAGCUGCUCCUGGAAUUACCACUUGUGAUUGGGACGAUCCCACUGCAUCCAUUCGGGAGCCGCACGUCCAGCAUCAGCAGCCAGUACAGCGUCAACCUGGACUGGCUCAGAAUGGUGAUCCCGGAGGAGCCUGAGGCUCCCCCUGAAUAUUCAUCUGUUGUGUCCAGUGAAGAGUCUGCGCAGAACCUCUCCCCACCCUGCCAGGGUGAACUCGGCAAUGGCUUGGAAGGCCCUUUCUUUGCUUACAUCCAAGAGUUCCGCUACCGUCCUCCUCCACUGUACUCAGAGGUGGAUCCAAACCCCACAUCAGACAGCAUCCGGCCACGCUGCAUGACCUGUUGAAGGAAGCACCACUGGGUGCAGUUAUUAGAAUACCAAUCUGGUGGGGCUGAGUCGCUUGCAGACAUGCAGGACGUCAGCCCUGGGCAUCCGAUCGGCGUCCGAGAGGCUAUUGUGGGGCUGGCGCUCGUGUGGAGCUGAGAACCUGUUUGCUCACUGCCGCUUGAAACCACCUGAUGCGGCUGCAUCUCAUGGACUGACUCCUCUUGCCCCAGAGCUGAAACGAGGGGGUUGGACUUGCCAUGUGGGGUCGGAGCAGCUCCUGAGCACAUGAGCAAGGGUGGCAGAGGAGGGUGUAGGGUUAAGAACUCUUCUGCGGGAGUAUAGGGUUCAAACAAGCCAAGCUCCUUCAUCUUGCAGCUACCAUGGUCAUGCUCCACCUAACUCCUGCCAAUAGAAAACAGGACUGGGAAGUGCUUCUCGGGGUUACUGGAAAGCAUUUUAAUCUUGCUCUGGGUAAGGGUUUAAACACCAUGGUAAUCUGAGGGCACCCUCCAGCUACUGCAUUCUUAUAAAGUCACCAGGACUUCAGUUUCUGAAUUAAAUGGGGUUGUUCUCCCCAGACUGAGGCCCAGCCCUUGCUGUCCAGCACCCAUGAGCCUUAAGUUGUCCCCCGAGGUGCCUGCUGCUGGGGCUGUGCAUUGCAUCUGGUCUAACGCACUCUGAGACAUUAAAUGUGUGAAGACUCUUCCCUUGAGUCAAGGAUUGUAUAGGUGCCAGGGGGGCAAGAGCUGUGAGCUCAGGGAAGAACUCCUGUUCUAUAAACCGCAGCAAGACCUAUGGUGCUGUCUUGGUCACCACGUCUAGUUUGGUCCCUACCAGGCACCAGACAAACUUGCAAAACCUAUUGAACCUUCCACUGAUGCAGAAAGCUGUGCCUUAAUCUUUAAAGGGCUUGUGACUUUGGGGCUGCUAGAAUGGUCCCAGUAGUAUUUGAUUGCCCUCUCUGUAUAUUUGCCCAAGUAAAAGGUGAAUGGGGAAAGCUGCCAGGCGCAGGGCCGUACAGUUGCUGACAUGGUCAGUGUCCCGUAGCCCAGCACUGGAGAGUAUGUGCGAUGAGGCCUGUAGACACUAUAGGCUGAGUAGGUAAGAGCCUUAAAUCCAAUCCUGCUGUAUGUGGAGUUGCCUCUGGACUUGCUGCCUUGUUAACACUUCACCAGCACCUAGUGGGAAGAGCCACAGGUCUGCCUGCCAUUAGCAGAGUGAGGAAGAUGCUGCUGAUGGUAUGCACUGAAAGCUGGUAAAUCCUGUUAGCAGGGGAAGAAGAGGUUGUAAUGAAGACUGCUUGGGUGCAUCUGCCUUUGGCUUCAGGCUGGUCUUACUGCUCCCUGUGCAGACUUGACAAGAGAUCUUGGCCAUUGAUCGUUCAUUAGUAAACGAUGCAUUCCAUGAUCUGAGGCUAAAACUACCUGAAGUGGCCACCCCCAGCUUGGUGGUUAAAACCACUGACAGCCACAGUAUUCCAGCUCAGAGCCAAAGCAAAAGGUCCCUAACCAGUUUACUUUAGCUGUGCAGUCAGCUUCCUCCACUAAGGACUGGAAACGCAAGCUUUUCUAAAAAAAUUUUUAAUAUACCUGUAACUGGUGUGUUUUUUGACUAGUUCUGCUUUUGUACAACUCCAGGUUUUGAAAUAAACUCUUGUUAUACUGAA